UCUAUAUAUUUGAAGGUGCUGAAAAUGCUACAUUAUUGAAGAUGGAAAAUAUGACGACGACAACAUUUCAUGCUAGCAAACAACUUUUAGCCAUACGCGAGCAACUGAAACAAAUGGACAAAAGAUACAAAGAGGGACUUAUAUUUGAAAAGGCAAAUGAGUCUGCGGGGUCGGAAAAGAAAAAUGAGAUGCAUGAAAAGAUCUCCAACAACAUAACCAUGGACCACAACCAAACUGUUACUGACAGAUUUGAACUACAAAGAGAAGAACCAACUACCUCCCAAGCCCACAAUUUUGAGCAUAUUGAAGCCAUGUUUUCAAAGUUAAUAGAAGAUUCUCAAGACAAUUACCAGCCUCUUCAUGAUCUGCCUCUCUCUGAAGAAUUACGUCACGCCAUCACAAACAUGGAGGAUAUUGAUGAUGUAGAUACGCUGAUUGGGGAUGUUAUUGGUUCAGUUCAAAUUGACACAGUGGCCGAGGAAGAUCUUCACACGAUCGAGCAUUUUGUAUACUGCUCAGAGAGUUCACAGAUUGAAGAAAGUAACCUGAGGGGUCUCGAAGAGGAAUCAAGAAAUGACCUCUCGACCUCUGGACAAUUUACCGCACAAGAAGAAACAGAUCUCCGUCGAAAGGAGAGAAUUAAAAAGGAGAAUCAUAAUAUCAUUGAGCGAAGACGGCGAUACAAUAUCAACGACAGGAUUAAAGAACUUGCUACUUUGCUGCCCUCGUCCACUCAUCCGUCAAUGAAACUCAAUAAAGGUUCCAUUCUAAAAGCAUCCGUGGAGUAUGUUAAAAUUCUGAAAAAAGACAGAGAAAAACUCCAUCAAUAUGAAGCAAACCAGAAAGCAAUGGAGAAAAAAUACCAGAAAAUGUUGAUAAGAAUUUUUCAACUUGAAUUGAAAAUGAAGUUAUAUGGACUGACAGAACAACUAGACUGCAUGCAAGUAAAGAAAAAGAAGAGACAGAAAAGGAGACUGAGUGAAAUUGAUGCGAUGGUAGAAGGUUUAAUGAUGUCAAAAGUAUCACAAAAUUUCAAUGCAGAUCCCCGCACAGAAGAUUUACUUUUCAAUAAAGAAGCAAAGCCAAAGAUGUUGGGAAGUGACAAAAAUACCAAGCAUGCGACAACAAAAUCUGAUUUGAAAGAACGUAUCAUGAAAAGGUUAGGGAAGGAAAGCUUUGAUCAAUGCAAAAUAAAACAGUUGAAUUUCAAAGAAAGACAAGAUUUGCAAAGUCCGCGUGAAGCGCAGGACUGUCGUGAAAAAGUCCAAAAUCAGAUCAAACUACAAGAUGAUAUAUCGCGAGCAGAAAUGUCCGCUGGAGCCAAAGACGAAAGAUACAUAUCAGAACAACAAUUAGAAGCUAUUGAAUUAGUUCACAAUCCAUCAAUUUUUGACAAUGACAAUUCUGAAUGUAGUCUAGAGAAAAGCAACCUUUUCCUAGAUCUUUUGGAAAAUCAAGCCGCUUUGAAUAUCACUGUAGUUCAGAUUGACCCAAAUUUGACCGAAUCUUCAAUUCCAGAUCAACAUCUAUAGCCAAUGAAAGAUGCCGUCUGUAUUUCUCCAGUGACGUCAACAACUAACAUGCUUGAAGCUUUACUUAGAAACACUGAAGAAACAUCAUCUGCAUUGUCUUCCUUGGAAAACUCCCUUGAAUGCACAAAAUAAGAAUUUUAAGGACGUAAAAAAUGAAACAAUGCUUCUUCUGUGUUCCUCCUUUAUACUUUCCGCGACUGUAUAUCAUUCGUUUCUUUAUUAUGUUAUGAGAGAGGGGGAGGGGUGUGUGUGUGCGUCUGAUUUUAAGAAUUGGCAAUUAGCUUAAUAUCUUUGAAAAUAAUUUGUUGUUAAGUAUAACAAGCUGAAAGUAUUGAUCGAGAAAAAUGUACUUUUAUUAUCUAUUUUUAAAACUGCUUUUCAAGCACUUGUUGAAUUAGCACUAUAAAUAUAAAGAAUAAACA